AGAAUCCGAAAUUUUGAUUUCCGGGUUUACCGGAAACAAAACUUGUAGAUAUUUUUUUUGGAUUAUUUAACAUUAUAAGCGGAAUGCAAUCAUGCCAGAGGCAAUAUCUGUCGCAGACAUUAUUGAGGAAACAUGGGCAGACUUCAAGUCCCCGACUACUUCGACAUUUGACAAGAAGAUGCCAAAAUGUCGAAAUGCUGUUGCCCAAAUUGAGGAAGAAUUAGACACAGAUAGGAGUGAGCUUACCAAGUUGAAGAAGUCAGUCAGAGCUCUUUAUAACUCCACAAACAAACAUGCCCAAAAUGAGAAAGAUAUCGCAGAAAACAUUGAGAGAAUCAGUAACAGCACCAGCAACAGUUACAGCCAGAUAAAUACAGCAUUGCAAGAGUUUGCAAGUGUAACAAAGUCACUUGGGGCACUAAUUGAGGAUCUCUCGAAGAGUUUACACAAUAGUCUUCAAUUCCCUCUCGAGUCGUUACUCAAAGGUGACAUCAAGGGAGUGAAAGGGGACCUUAGAAAACCAUUCGACAAAUCUUGGAAAGACUACGAGUCUAAAUUUUCAAAAUUGGAGAAAGAUCACAAAAAGAAAUGGAGUGAUGCAGGAUUAUACCGGUCGGAAUUGUCUAUAAGUGAUAUAGCUGAAGAAAUGGAAAAAGAAAGAAAAAUCUUCCAGUUACAAUUAUGUACUUAUUUGAUUAAAGUGAAUGAGAUAAAGACAAAGAAAGGAGUUGAUCUGCUAAAUUACCUCAUAGAAUACUAUAAAGCUGUAAGACUGUUUUUCAACAAGGGUCAGACAGAGAUAGAAAAACAUCAGAAAUUUGUAGAAAAUUUAGGACAGCAACUGAAAGACAUUAAGCAGACGCAAAACCAGGAAAGAAGUAAACUUCAGGAGCUGCAGACGUCACUGAAAAGCUCAAUGACAGGUUAUAAAGAGCCAAGUUCAACAUCAGUGACGCCUCCAGGGUACAGCUUACAUCAGCUACAGGGGAACAAAAGCCAUGGUAGCGUAAAGGAAGGUUACCUAUUGAAAAAGAGUGAAGGCAUGUUGAAAAAAAUUUGGCAGAAACGCAAAUGUCGGAUCAAAGAUGGAAUUAUGUCUAUUAGCCAUUCAGAUGAAACAAAAGAUCCAGUUAGGCUUAAUUUAUUAACCUGCCAAGUCAAACUUGUCUCAGAAGACCCAGGAAAGAAAUGUUUUGAUCUAGUUUCUAGUCAUGGCAACAGAACUUACCAUUUUCAAGCCGACGAUGAAAAAGAGAUGGGACAAUGGAUUUCUGUGUUGAGCAAUGCCAAGGAGGAGGUUUUAUUGAAGGCUUUCCAGGACACUGGUUCCUCUGUUACAAUGAACGAGAGUGUCCGAGAACUAACACAGAGUAUCAUCAGCAGAAUCUUCAAAUUGCCUGGUAACGGCGUAUGCUGUGACUGUGGAGCACCAGAUCCAAAAUGGCUGUCAACAAACCUGGGUGUACUAAUAUGUUUGGAAUGCUGUGGUAUCCAUAGAAACCUGGGUGUUCAUGUGUCACGGACACAGAGUUUAGAAAUAGAUCAAUUAGGAACUUCACAAUUACUGUUAGCUAGAGUUAUAGGCAAUGAUAACUUCAAUGAAGUGUUGGAGGCCAGGUUAGACAGAUCAUCAAAACUGAAACCAGAUAGUCCUAUGAAAGAGAGAGAAGAAUUUAUCAAGGCAAAAUAUGUUCACCACAAGUUUACAAUACAGACGUGUAGUGAUACGAAUGAAUUACAGCAGGAUCUUCAACAAGCAAUACAGACCAGAGAUAUACAAGCUAUCAUACAAGUUUAUGCUGAAGGACUAGAUCUCAUGACGGUCUUACCAGAAUCUUCAGAUGAUGAGACAGCAUUACAUCUUGCCAUAGCCCAGGAAGAUGGUACCUCAUUACCUAUAGUGGACUUUAUUGUACAGAAUUCCAACUUAAAUAGUCUCAGCAGACAAACUAGAGAUGGCAAUACGUGUUUACACCUGUGUGCAAUGUUGAACAAAUCUGAGUGUAUGAAAUGUUUACUGAGGACAAAGCCUGAUAUAGCAAAUAUCAAAAAUGAUGCUGGGGUAACAGCUUAUGAUAUAGCUCAGGAAAACGACUAUCAGCUUUGUGCAGAGUUGGCCAAAGCAGCUAUGGCAGGAAAGAAAGAUGUGUUUGAACAUAUAAACAUAGAAUGGGACCUAAUGACGGAUGAAGGUCCAGACUUUAGUGAUGAUGAGUUGGAGCUUGAACCAAGAAAACCAAGGUCAAGGCCAUCUAGUCUGAUUGGAGUAGAGAUUCCACACUCGCCUAGAGACCGAGCAGAAUCCGAUGCAAUAACUCGACCGAUAAAACCAAAAAAGCACCAUUUAACCCAUCCAACAAGAUUCCGUAAUAGUCUGAGGAAUAUUCCAGGUAUGUUGAACCAUUCUAGUCAAUCCCUGCCAAACUCAGCACCGAUCUCCUCGAAUAGCCAAGAUCGAAAUUCCCUUGAGCCUCCAUUACCUCCGCGGGGUAUCAAAAAGCCACCAGCUAUGCUAUCGCUGAGCGGAGGGCAGUCAGGAAGACCUGCACAUGCCAGAAAUACGUCUAAUCCCGAAACAGAUAUACCGUAUGUUCUUCACCGUAGAACCCCUUCAGAACCUCCUCCUAGACCCCAGCCUCUUGAUGCUGGCGCCAGAUAUACUGUCAGCAUUCCAUAUAGUGAUGCCAAACAUGGUGGAUCGCAGCCAUUGCUUGAUUCAAGCUCGGACAAGCCCGCUGUUCCGCCCAGACCAAGAGCCCUGUCAGGCAGUGGAGACAUAUCGUCUAGUAAGACAAGCACUUCAGAUGUUGAGAUUCCGCCCCCAAUACCUGCUCCUAGAAAGCCAAAGAAAAUGGGUUUCCGGCGGUGUGAAGCCCUGUUUGACUGUGAUGCAGACAAUGAGGAUGAAUUAACAUUUAGAGAAGGGGAGAUAAUUAUAUUACUGAGGGAAGAAGAGGAAGAGUGGUGGGAAGGGGAGGUAGAGAACCAGCCUGACAGAAAGGGCCUGUUCCCUAUCAGCUUUGUUAAACCACUUCCAGAUUGACUAGCAGAUAUCUAGUAGAAUUUUUUCAAGUUGGAUAAUGCAGUCCAAAAUGUGUUGGAACAUCAGUGCAGUGAAGCAAUAACACCGUGCAUAAUAUAUCACAUGUAUUUUAAAAGUGCAAUUUAGCCAUUUAAAUAAACACAUGCUUUGAUUCACAUGCUGUAGCUUGUAAGGUUAAAUGAGAUUUGAGACUUGAUUUGGGUCACUCCGCUUGUUUAAGUACAUGUACCAGUCAUGAUGUCAUAUGCAAAAAUCAGUGAGAUUUACUAAGGUUGGGUAAAUAAAGCAUUUAAAAGUGCUAUUUGGUCAUUGAACACUUAUACUGAAGGCACAUGCAAAAGCUAGUAAGCUUUACUUAGAUUUGAGACCAGGACUGUCUAAAAGUGCUAUACAUAUAUUUGGUGCAAAAACCAGUAACAGUUAUUAAGAUGAAAGACUUAAUGCAAAAGCCAGUAAGACUUAAAUUAGGUAAAUUAAGCAUUUAAAAGUAAACUUUGACAGUUAACAGUCUAACUUCGCUCGUUUGAAUUAUCCGAUCGAACACCACCAUUCUCUGGAACUUGUCAGGUCUUGGCAAAAUCCAUAUAAAGUAAAUUGAUAGAUAUUUCCAAUGACUGAUAACUCAAACAAAUUGGGCCAGUCCCGUCGAGUCUGAACAAAUGAAGUUGACUGUACAUUUGUGAAUUCUGUACAAAUGUGCAAAGAAAUCAGAUUUUAUUCAGAUUUAAAACCAAAAGUCUUACUGUUAAGGGUCCAAGUUAAACAGACUUCAUAUCACUCUUUUUUGCAAUACAGUCGAACUUCAUUCAGUCAAAUCAGAUAUUUUGAAACCGCCCUUCGGGUCCCAGCAAAAACCCUAUACAAUUUAUAUUGUUUGAUGGCACGAAUAACUGAUAACUUGAACAAAUUUUGCUGAUUUGGUAGAGUUUGAGCAAACACAGUUGGACUGUGUUAUAUUUUAAACCAAAUUCAAACCAAACAAAUAAUUUUAUUGUAGAAAAUAUGUGGACCAGUUUGUUUACAAGUAGUAUUUCCUGCACCUUAGCAAGCCUAAUGCAUUUAAUAUACACCAAAUGACCAAUAUUUUCAUUCAUAUGGGACCAAACAAUUAAAAAGUUGUAUACAUGUAGUUGCAAUUCCUUGUAAAGGACAUAAUAUUGCUAUUGAUAGAUUAAAAUAAAAGGAUUCAAAAUAACUUUUCUGACAAAAGACUCUAGUCUUACUUAUAUAAUUAGGGUAUGGAGCGAAUGGGUAUUGUAGGCUUCGAUAUACCCAGAAUAAAUGUUAACAGUUUGGUUGAAGAAUUGCCGUAACCACCAUGUUCUAAACAGUAAAAAUGAUUGUAGUACACGUAGCCCGCUUGCUUAGCUCUAUAGGGAGAGCACAGGUCUACAGAUUGUGGGAUUUUGAGUUUGAUCUCUGGGUAAGGCGCAUGUACUCUGUGACAAUUUGAUAAAAGACAUUGUGUCCGGAAUCAUUCAUCCUUUACCAUUGAUUCAUGUGGAGAAGUUGGCAGUUACUUGCAGAGAAUAGGUUUGUACUAGUACAGAGACCAGGAACACUGGUUACUAGGCUAACUGCCCGCCUUUCAUAACUGAAAAAUUGUUGAAAAAUGGCCCUAAAUUCAAAACAAAUAAAACGAACAUAGCACAUGUAAUUGCAUCUAGCAUUUAUGUCUCAUAAUUGUUACAGUACAUCUUGUUCAGACAACUGAGUUACGGUAACCUUGGUCGGAAUGGUCAUUUUGAAUCCGCCUAUAAUUACAACAUAGUAUUUUUCAUUCAAAAUCUUUUUAGCAUACAAGAGGUUUUUUACAUGGUUCAGUGGUUGAACAUCUGGCACAUACAUGACAACAAGAGUAACGGUUUCAGCCAGUCAACUGCAUUUAGCAAAAUGUCGUCGCGAACCAUUGAAUAUUGUCGGUGAAUAGCAUGGCCAAGCUCAUUUCAGUAUUGACACUAAACGACAUGGGAUAGAUUUAUAUUUAGAGGUAAUUUCUUAAAUAUCCAAAUUGAGGAGUAAAUCUUUAUUAAUUGUUGUCAUUUUAUGUAAUCUUUAUCUGUUAUUACCAAGUAUAUUUCUUAGAUGAUGCAUGAAUUUUCAAUUCAUCACUAAGACAUUUGAUUGGCUGAAACCAUAUCAAUGGUAAUUACACAGACUGACAGGUCAGUCGUGUUAGUUGUUACAGCGAUAAUUUUCAUAAUCUGUGCAUUUACUGAUAUUAUAUAAUGAAAAUAAUCUUUACGUUGAAGGGGUCUUCCAAGCAUUAUAUUGCAUAGAGGGUAAUGUAUAGUUGUUGUUCCUGUAUAGGGGAUUUAGAUAUAUUCAUUUAUUUUUUAAAAGUUUCAACUUCUUCUAUUUUAUACCAACUAGUUAAAAUAUUUUUUUAGAAAAAAAAAAUGGAAUUAUUUUAAAAUGAAUUGUUUUUUGUUCAAUGGCAAUAUGACAUAAACUUGUUAACAUGCCUCGUUUAAUAGAAUUGUUCUGGUUUCGUACAAUCCAUGCUUUGAUAAGCUUAGUGUUGCAAACAUUUAAGUUUUCAACAAAAUAGGCAGUCUUUGUUUAGUUUCCAUAUAUUCUUGUAUAAAUGCCCCUCAGUCUCCCUCCCCACUACUUACUUACAAAAGAAAAAUUAUGUAAGUGAAUAUCAGCAUUAUUUAGGUAAAUAAAUCAUUAUUUAGAAAUGUAAUGUAUAGCUGUUUAGAAAUGUAAUUUAUAGCAUGUAAUUUAUAGUUAUUUAGAAAUGUAAUUUAUAGCUAUCUAGAAAUGUAAUUUAUAGCUCUACUCGCCCAGGGGCAUUUAUACUUGGUAUACUAUAUACAUGUUUUAUUUACAUCAUAUACAAUGUUUGUGCACAUAUGUUGCAAAAUGACUGGUAUGAAAGCUUUCGCAACACUUGUAAUGGGUCGUCUUGUAUUUUACUUUUGUAUGUAAGGUAAUGUAAACUUAUUCAAUUUUGUGGAGGUAAGAUAUAAUAGUUUUAUUGGAAAUAUCUUAGUCAUGCUAAAUUAAAAUUUAAGCAAUUCAACAACUGGGAAUAUAGUCUUACACUUGUAUAUAUUGUGGAUUUACACAACCAAAAAAUUCAUGAAAUUUUGGUCUCUCAUGAAUAAUAAUUUUGAAGAAUACAUUUAUAUAAAUCAGACUGUAUAAUUUUUAUAUGAUACUUUUCACUCGCUGUGUGCGUAAACAAGUUGCUUUGACUUCUCAAAGAUUAGAUGUUCCUAUAUCAAAUGUUACAAGUAUUAGACCAUCCUAUACUAAAUGAUAGACAUUUCUAUACCAUACAUUAAAACAUUAGACCUUCCUAUACCAAACAGUAGACCUUCCUAUACCCAACCUAUAACGUACAAACCUUCCUAUACCAAAGAUUGAACCUUCCUUUGCCGAAUGGCAGACCUUCCUAUACCAAAGAUCGAACCUUCCUAUAUCAAAUGUUUAACCUUUCUAUACCAAGACUUUCCUAUCAUAAAUGUUAGGCCUUCCUAUACCAGGUGAUAGACCUUCUUGUACCAAAGAGUAACGACUGCAAAUCAACAAAUGGCAGUUGAUUGAAAAUGUGCCGUCAGUUUAUUUGUUAAUAAGCAUUUGUUAAAAUGAUCAAUGUGCAAUACUGUAAUCAGGGAAAAGUGUGGUAUAUAGCGUUAACUCUGUCCCCGCAUGUAAAAAUUGCUUACGAUUCGGGUACAUGUGUUACACGGGCAGCCAGUUCCAAGACUGGAAAAUAGUUAAUAGUGCUCAGUAUUACUUGUAAUUCAGAAUUGCAUGUGCUAAGUUCCAUGCUAUAUGUCUAUAUGGAAUAACAAUCAGAUAAAUUGUAGUAAUAGGUAGCUAUUUUAUAUGCAGAUCUUUAUCAGAUUUAUUGCUGCACUUCUUAUCAAAUGUUAUUAAGUGUCAGCUGUCACAUUUUCAGCAAAUAGUUCAUGGAAAAUUUAAAAUGUAAAGCUCACGUAAUUUCAAUAAGCUUGUAAAUUUCUGUAUUUCACAUGUAGAUUAAACUUGGCACAUAUUGCGUACGCAGAGACUUCAGCUAGGUAAAUUGGCCAAACAUACCUGUUCCUUGUACUUUCAAACUGAAAGUUUACCAGCAAGCUGUAAAUGAUAUAUAUUUAAAAUGUUUAGACUUGAAAUCUGACUAGUUGAAAAUGUAUCCUUUUACUUCCAAUAUUUCGUAAAUUUCAAGUCUUAUGGCCUCUGUGAUACAGUUAAACAUUGGCUAAUGAUUCCUCAUAGGAGCGAAUCCUUCCAAGAAAGAUGGAGACUGUCUUCCGAGUGGUGUUCACUCUAGAGAUUGCACCAUAUGCUUAUAGGGUUAAAUAAGAAAAAAACUAAAGCAAAAGGACUUCCUUGUUUGUUUUUUUUCUU